CCCGCCCUUCCUCCCUGCUCUGCCUCCUUCCCUCCUUCCCUCCCCGCCCGCCCGCCCGCCGCCGUCUCCUCUCCCUGCCGGCUGGGUGCUGAAGUUGGGCGGAUGGCAGCAGCCCAGCUCCGCUAGGACGAGCCGCCGCAGCCCUUCCCGGGAUCGCUCAGCGCCAACCGCACGCAGCCGGGCGGGGCCACUUGGGCACUGAAGUAGCUGAAAUGAGAAAGAGGCAGCAGUCACAAAAUGAAGGAACAUCAGCUGUGUCUCAAGCACCUGGAAACCAAAGGCCCAACAACACAUGUUGCUUUUGUUGGUGCUGUUGCUGCAGCUGUUCAUGCCUCACUGUUAGGAAUGAAGAUAGAGGAGACAAUGCAGGAAGACCAACACAUACGACCAAAAUGGAGAGCAUCCAAGUCAUAGAAGAAUGCCAAAACCCUACUGCAGAUGAAAUUUUGUCUUGGGCUCAGAAUUUUGACAAGAUGAUGAAAACACCAGCUGGGAGGAACCUUUUUAGAGAGUUUCUUCGAACAGAGUAUAGUGAAGAGAACCUGCUUUUCUGGCUUGCAUGUGAAGAUCUAAAGAAGGAACAGAACAAGAAAGUUAUUGAAGAAAAAGCAAGACUUAUUUAUGAAGAUUACAUUUCUAUACUUUCACCAAAAGAGGUUAGUCUUGAUUCCCGGGUGAGAGAAGUGAUUAACAGAAACUUGCUGGAUCCCAGUCCUCAUAUGUAUGAAGAUGCCCAACUCCAGAUAUACACCCUAAUGCACAGAGACUCUUUUCCAAGGUUUUUGAACUCUCAAAUUUAUAAGUCUCUUGUUGAAAGUAUUACAGGCUCUACUUCUGAAACUUAGUUUUAAUUUUCAAAUAAAGUAACUUGAUUUUUUUUGGGUGGGCGGGAUGGAAGAAAAGUAGUUUAAUAACAUCUGGAGCUGGGUUCCUGGAGAACUACAGUUUAGCUCUACUCAGGCUACUGUGAAGAAACAAAUACAUAUUAUGGUCUAUGUCUACAUUUUUACCAAGGUCCUCCUUGCUUGAGAUGGCAUGGGAGGGGAACAAUGGAUUUGCCAAAAUACAUUUGUUUCACACUCCUUUCACCCAACUGCAGUCACGAUUGCAAUGAUGUAUUUGUAGUUUUAUGAACAGUCUCCUUGUGUAUCCUCACACUGCAUGUGCAAGGUAAAACUGCUUCACUUACCACUUAGUUGUUGCAAUAUUUAAUCCAAUAACAUAAAUUAUAUCUGUAUUUAAGAACUUUUUUGUGCAAUACAGUCUAAUGGUACAUAGAAACAAUUGCAGCAAACCAGAAAGAGGCUUGCAUUUUUUAACAUCACUAACUGAAAAAAGCCAAUUUUUAAGGUGUAGCAUUACUCAACAUGCUCUACUGAGUACAAUACACUGACUUUUUGAAGCCAAUAUUUCUGUACAGAAAAAAAAAAAAAAAAAAGAGCUAUUUAUCACUGUUUAUUUAAAAUAAAUCAAGCGGAGGAUUCCUCUGGUUGUUCACUGCCAAAACUGUGGCAUUUUCAUUACAGAGUUUG